UGUGUUUCCGUCCCAGGCACGUCACACCUCUUACGGCAUCCGCAAGUGUUUUCCUGUUCCUGCUGCAAUGUCAACUGAGCCUCGUUGUCAUCCAGUUCCUGGCCUGCCUGGCCCAACUUCCUCCACCCAUGAACAUCACUGAUAUCCUCUGGCUGUCCUGCUUCAGCUGCCCUCUGCUCAGUGUGUCGUUGCUAGGCAAGCCUCCGGACAGCGCUGUGAUGGACCGUGGCCACAGGCAAGAACCUGGAGGCUAUCCCUAGGAAGACACAGAACUUCUUCCUGCUGUGCUUCCUGUUGCGGUACGGCCUGACCGUGUGUGCCUACCUGCUGGGGUUUGGAUUCACCCUCAACCAGGUGUGUCUCCAUGCCAACAACCUCACCCUGGCCGACAACACCACGGUGUCCUGCUUCCACCUGCUCACCGCCAGCUCGGCGGCGGACGCCCCUCAUUGGUUUGAGGAACUGUCCAAUGGCCUGCUGCUGUCCCAGAAGGUGAUGGCAGGGUUCCUGGUUCUGCAUACAGUGUUCAUCUCUCUCAGCUAUGUGCAAUCGCUCCCAGCCCUUGUGGAGGAAGAGUCCCUUCAGCAACACCUGGUGGUGCCUCACCGUCCCUGUGGUGUUGUUGGGCCAGCUGGUUCAGGCUACAGUGGACUACCAGCUGUGGCGGGACCGGUCCAGCCCCCUGACCUUUGACCUGGGCUCCGUCCCCAUGCUGGCCUGGCUGCUGGGGUCUCUGUCCACGCUGCUGGUGGUGCUACUGAACGAGGCGGUCAAGCUCCACGAGAUACGGGUGCGUGUCCGCUACCAGAAGAGACAGAAGCUCCAGUUUGAAACCAAGUUGGGAAUGAACUCUCCAUUCUGAUUGGUUCCUCCAAGGAGCACUGAGGCACGGCAAUACAGGGAACCAGCCUAGUCACUGUUCUCUAAUUCCCCCCCCCCCACCCCUCCUCCUCCACUGAUGGCCAGUAGGAGCUGUUUGCUACCCAGACUUUGUUUUAUCAAAUUGAAGAUGGAAGAAGGAAAAAAAGAAAAUCCAGAGUCUUUUUCUUUUGUUUUCUGGUUUAUGAAAAAGGACAGACAUUUUUAUUUUAUUUUAAGGAACCAUUAAGCCUUUUUAACAGCAUGGAGAAUGUUGUUUUCUCUCUUUCAUAGACAUCCCUUUCACCUCUCUCUCUCUCUCUCUCUAUCACUCCAUCUCUCUCUUUUUUUUCCCCCUCCUCGUGUUGCUGAGAGACCAGCUCUCCUUCUGCAUGUUCUCUGCUCCGCUGCCCUACAGGGUCUCCCUCCAGGGAAUACCCCAUCAAAACACUGUCAUGUCUUUAUCUACUGAAACUCAGUGGGCUUGUCUCCACUUCCACAAGGAGCUUGGCCCCAUCGACAUGACUCCGCAGAAUACUGUCGUGGCCUGCCUUCAACUCACAGAUCAUACAUGAAUGUCUAUGUGUCUUUGUUAGCAUCAGCAGCACUGAAUAGCUGUGUAGCCAGCCUAGCCAAGCUGCAGGGAUAGGUAGAUAUGUCUCAGUUCAGGGGUGUAGUCUACGCGAUAUGCAGGGAUGAGCCACACACACACACCAGGAUUUCCUGGACGACCACUGUAAGGAGUGGUAGGUGGG